AUGGGUGACCAGAAACCCUGGCGAGCAUUUUAUGUUGUGCACUACAAGAGGUCAUAACAAGCUGGUAUUUGAACAUCAUAUCCCCUGCAUAUCGUUUUGGUAAGUUGACAGAAGCAAGCUAUACAAUCAAAGUUUACGUUCCAGAGGCAAAACGCAUCGUAAUUGGAACAACUGGAAAUUAUCAACUUCUUUUGGAUCUUAAGCAUGAAGAUAGGUCAGCAGUAAAUUCAGCCAGUGAAUAUCCUAAGCUUACUUUUCCGGCCAGCUGA